AUGCGGAAAUGGUUGCCACUUGCCCAAGCGUGCGUACGUUCAGUGUUCCGUUGCGCUUCACCGCGUCAGUCUUUUAAACAACCGGAGCGACUAGCUUACUUUGCAAUAACGGAGGGGCAUCCACUGUAUAUGCCAGUUCAAGAAUGUAGUGAAAGUGGUAUAUUAGUAGCAUUUAUAGCCAAAGUCAUCAAGGUUGACGACUUAUUUCUGGCAAUGUGUCGCAUAUUCUCUGGCACUAUAAAGAAGAACGACGAGGUUUUCGUUAUUGGAGAGAGUUCUAAGGUCAAGGCUUCUGAAGUGCAAAAGAUUCAAAUCGGCAGCAUAUAUAUGUUGGUUGGGCGUGAGAAAUUAGAAGUACCGUGUGCCAGGGCCGGCGCCAUUUGUGCCAUUGAGCUAAAAGAAACUGUUGUUUCAUGUACACUGUGCAGUGAACCGUUCUCUCAGGGUUUCUCAAAUAAGGUUAGCAGUACAGAACCACUUGUUAGAGUCUCUGUCCAGUGUAUGGGAACUGCUGACGAGUGGGAUACCCUAAUGUUGGCCCUCAAACAACUAAGCGUUCUGGAUAGCAGUGUUCGUGUAAUUGAACAGGAAAAUGGAGAGAUAGCUUUACUGACAGCAGGUGAAGUUCAUUUGCAGAAGUGUCUUAAGGAUUUAGCCGAUAUGGGACAAACAAAUUUGAAAGUAUCUGAACCGAUUGUUUCGUUUAUGGAGACUAUUGCACCAUCGUCUGCGGCUGCGUCAGUUCUGAGCGGGCAUGAAACAGAAUGCAGCGUUCGGAAUGGCAUGGCUAAAAUAAAACUGCGAGCUGUGCCCCUGCCAGUUAUUUUGGUUAAAUUCUUAGAGAAAAAUGAAGAUGCGUUGAAAAGUUUGCGCCAAGGUAUUUGUGAUAAUGAAGAAGUCCGCAUGCUCCACCGAAAUCUUUUAAAUGAUGGAGUUCGCUGGUUAAAGGAGGCUAAAGGAACUUGGUGGUGUAAACAAACAGAAGAAACUUUGAGGUUCCUAAUCGAAAAAAUUUGGGCCUUUGGACCUCCUCGAGCAAGGUUCAACAUCCUCUUUAACUGGAUCCAGGAUUAUGAAAGACCUUUUAUUUGGGAAAAAGGUAGUAGAAAAUUUCGAGCCUAUGACCAGUCACUGGUUGCUGGUUUUGACCUUGUCACGGGAGGUGGCCCGUUAUGUGAGGAGUGUAUGUGGGGCAUUGGUAUUGUUGUCGAGAAUUGGAUAAUUCAGGAUAAUGAUGAUCCUACUUUUGCUGGUUCUUUGAUAACUGCGAUGAGACAGACUUGUCGUGCGGCGCUUGAGAAGCACCCGUUACGGUUGAUGGUUGCAAUGUAUAAAUGUGUCGUUCAAACCAGUUCAGCGGCUCUUGGCAAAGUACAUGCUGUGCUUUCUCAAAGAAGGGCAAAGGUGGUUAACGAGGACAUGAAUCAGGCCAGUGGUUUGUUCGUGGUUGAAGCUUACAUACCAAUCAUCGAAAGUUUUUCUUUUUGUGAGCAGCUACGGAAAAAAACUAGUGGGCUUGCAUCUGGGCAGUUGGAAUUUUCUCAUUGGGAAAUGUUAGAUGAAGAUCCGUUGUGGGAGCCGACUACGGAAGAUGAGGUGGAACUGUAUGGCUGUAAGGGUGAUACUGUGAGCAGGGCCAGAGUGUAUAUGGAUAUGAUGAGGAAAAGGAAAGGACUGCUUACCGAUGAGGUCAUUGUUGUCAAUCCUGAGAAGCAACGGAAUCUUAGUCGGAAUAAGUAA